AUGAGUCGUCGUGCAGAUGCUCCCCGUGUCGGCCUUGUCCUGACUGCUUUGCCUCACCUGUUCACUGAGAGCUGUCCAUACUGCGAAUAUACAGCGUCCCCUUGGCCGGAUCGCGUACCGGCCUCACUUGCCAGGCCCCUUCGUUCUCAGAGUAAGUCCCUCGCUGGGCUGUCCUUGCUGGCUUGUCCACUAGUCAAAGCACCUCCCCGCGUCGCGGCAACCAGGCUCCAUUCCCAGGGUAUCCGCGUGGGGCCCGAUAACCGAAACGACUCUCGCUACUAUUAUCUGCAAGCUCUCAUCAAUGUCCCCUUCCGUGGUGCCUGUCGGCGAGUGAUCAUGUCGGCGCUUCUCGCUUGUGUUGCUGGACGACCAGGCUCGUUUGCCAGAAGCACCGUGCGCUGUGCAUCAGAGUACUAG